AUGCCCAAAGCAGCUCGGAAAACAAGGAGAAAGGACCCCAACGCACCGAAGCGAAACAUGUCCGCUUUCAUGUUCUUUUCCAUGAGCAAUCGUGAAAAAAUCAAGGAAGAGAACCCAGAAGCGACUUUUGGUCAAAUUGGUUCCCUUUUGGGAAAGAAAUGGAAAACUUUGACCGCAGUUGAAAAAGAGCCCUAUGAAGAAAAGGCCCGAAAGGACAAAGAACGCUACGAACGGGAGUGCAUGAAGGGUCCAGCAAAAACGGGUGAACCCGUCAAGAAGGAAACGAAUUCUCCACCAAAAGCUCCCUCGCCGAAGGCUCCAUCACCAAAGGCUCCUUCUCCUACUGUGCCUUCAAAUGAGUCUGAAAAGAACGCAGAGACCGACAGCACGAAAGCCGAGGAGUGA